AUGAAUGGAUUAGUUAGAAAAUGGGAAUUCCUGUUUAAUAACACUGCAAAAUACAAAAGCUUCAGUAGUUGGAGGAACAGCCAUGUCCACAUCAAAGACUCUCACGAUUACAUCUACCUGCUUAAGAGAUGCUGCAGUAGGAAAACCCUGAAACAAAUUCAUGCCCAGAUAAUAGUUGCAGAUUAUGUGCAAAACCCAUUUGUUGCUUCAAAGGUUUUAGGGAAAUACAUCGAGUAUGCGGCUAAGGGUAUGGAGGAUGCAAGGAAGGUGUUCGAUCAAUUGCCUGAGAGAGAUGUUUUCUUAUGGAAUAUCAUAUUACAGGGUUAUUCAAAACAUGGGCCCUUUGCGGAUGCCUGGAGUUACUAUGUUGAAAUGCUGGUGGCCGGUGCUGCUGCGGAUCAAUACACAUUUCCAUUUAUGUUGAAGGCCUGUGGCGGGGCAAAAGAGAUUAAAAUGGGUCAGGUGAUUCAUGGUCAAAUAGUGAAAUCUGGGUUUGCUUUGGAUGUUUUUGUUGGUAAUGCUCUUGUGGCAUUUUACGGGAAGUGUGAAGAAGUUAGUUCAUCUAGGGAGAUGUUUGAUGAAAUGUCACAAAGAGAUAUUGUUAGUUGGAAUUCGAUGAUUUCUGCUUAUGUUGUUAAUGGUCGGCACAAUGAGGGUCUUGAACUGUUUCAUGUAAUGCUGAAUGAUGAAACAAUUUCGCCUGAUCAAGCUACAUUGGUAGCUAUUCUUCCUGCUUGUGGUCAACAAUCAGCACUCAAAGAGGGACUUUGGAUUCAUUCAUACAUUGUGAAAUCUUGCAUGGAACUUGAUGCUGCGUUUGGUAGUGGUCUUAUAUCAUUCUAUGCUAAUAUUGGGCGAUUAAGGCCUGCAAAGUUGAUAUUUGAUCGAGUUAAUGAUAAAAACAUUGUGGUUUGGAACGCGAUGAUUAGGGCUUACGGAACACAUGGACAUGCUGAUGAGGCAAUAAAGUUAUUCUCCCAACUUGUAGAUGCUGGAUUACGCCCAGAUGGUCUGAUAUUUUUGUGUUUAUUGUCAGCCUGUAGUCAUGCAAGGAUGAUUUCCGAAGGCUUGGAAUUAUUUGAGAAGAUGGAAGAGUAUAGAGUUGAGAAAAGAGCUGAGCAUUAUGCUUGUGUCAUCGAUUUAUACAGCAGGGCAGGACUAAUAGAUGAAGCAAUGAAAUUCAUAAACAAAAUGCCUAUUGAUGCAGGAAAGGAUGCCUAUGGUGCCUUGCUUGGUGCUUGUAGGAUACAUAAUAACAUUCAAGUAGCUGAACAAGUAGCCAAAAGGCUGUUUGAUUUAGACCCAGAAAAUGCAGGUCGUUAUCUGAUUUUGAUAAAGAUGUAUGAGGAUACAGGUCGGCAUCAGGAUGCUGCUAAAUUGAGAACACAAUUGAAAGACAGGAAAAUUCGAAGGCCAGUUGGAUCUAGUGCAAUUGAAGUGGAUUAUACUUUUCAUACAUUCGGAGCAGAAGAUGAAACUCAUCCAUUUAAGGACCAAAUCUUUGACACAUUACAUAAAUUAGAGAUAGUCAUGAUAGAUGAAACAACUGUAGUUGAUCAAUGUGUAAUGAACUCUUAA